UCCUCGCCAGUACACACUGACCCGACGAGCGACACCUACCCUCUCCUCUGCCUCCUCGAGCAACCCUCCUCCUACUCCCCUCUCCCCUCUCCCCGCGAGGCAGAGUGAGCUCCGCUUUAGUCGCCACCCCCACUACGACUGCGUUCUUGACAACCAUGGCCUCCACGCUUCUCCUCAUGCUGUCCCUCUCCUUGAGUUUCCUUUUCCUAUGCCUCGUCUACUAUCUGCUUUUGAGAGCUUUCCAUACCAGGUCGGGAAACCUUCCCCUGCCUCCGGGCACCAUGGGUUGGCCUUAUAUCGGAGAGACCUUUCAGCUCUACUCCAACAAUCCUAACACCUUCUUCGCCCUCAAACAGAAGAGGUACGGGCCCGUGUUUAAGACACACAUACUAGGAUGUCCCUGCGUGAUGGUGUCGAGCCCUGAGGCGGCAAGGUUCGUGCUGGUAACGCGGGCGCACCUGUUCAAGCCGACGUUCCCCGCGAGCAAGGAGCAGAUGCUGGGCCCGCAGGCUAUCUUCUUCCAGCACGGAGAUUACCACGCCCGCCUCCGCCGCCUCGUCCUCCGGGCGUUGAAGCCUGAAGGCAUUCGCGGUUCCAUCGCCGGCAUUGAGGAGGUCGCUCGCCGGGCCUUGCAGUCCUGGGACGGUCGCUUGAUCAAUACCUUCCACGAAAUGAAGACGUACGCAUUCAACGUGGCACUGCUGUCUAUCUUUGGGAAAGAUGAGCUUUCCUACAUAGAGGAUCUGAAGCAGUGUUACUACACCCUAGAGAAGGGCUACAACUCCAUGCCUAUCAACCUACCCGGGACCCUGUUCUACAAGGCAAUGAAGGCCAGGAAACAGCUCGCACAGAUUGUGGCCAAGAUUGUCCUAUUCAGGAGGACGAAGUUGAAGACAGAGGACAGUGGCCUACUUGGUUCUUUUAUGGAAGCCAAAGAAGCCCUGACGGACGACCAGAUUGCCGACAACAUCAUCGGGGUCAUCUUUGCGGCCCGGGACACCACUGCUAGUGUGCUCACCUGGAUCGUGAAGUACCUCGGAGAGAAUCCAGGCAUCUUACAAGCAGUCACCGAAGAGCAAGAGGAAAUUAUGAAGAGCAAACAUGUGGGUGAUGAUGAGAAAUCGCUGACUUGGGCUGAUACCAAGAGGAUGCCAUUCACUUCCAGGGUGAUUCAGGAGACGAUGAGGGUGGCUUCGGUCCUAUCUUUCACCUUUAGAGAAGCGGCGGAAGAUGUGGAGUACGAAGGGUAUCUCAUUCCCAAGGGUUGGAAGGUGUUGCCACUCUUCAGAAACAUUCACCACAGUCCGGAUAACUUCACCGACCCGGAAAUUUUUGAUCCCUCCAGAUUUGAGGUCGCUCCAAAACCCAACACUUUCAUGCCCUUCGGGAACGGGUCCCACUCCUGCCCUGGCAAUGAGCUUGCUAAGCUGGAGAUGCUGGUCCUCCUCCAUCACCUCACGACUAAAUACAGGUGGUCUAUGCUGGGAAACCAAAGCGGUAUUCAGUUUGGACCUUUUGCGCUGCCCCAGAAUGGCCUGCCCUUGAGAUUCUCUCUCAAGUCACGAGUCGAGGAAUAAAGAGUCUGAUCGUCUUCAGUCACGUCAUAUGCCUUCCAAAAGUUGCAGCCAAAGGCGACUUUCCGCGGUUAUAGUUUCAAGAAGCAGUACUCGGCAAUCGAGAGAAGGAUUGCGAGAAAGGCAUCAUAGUCAGAGGAGGGAGGAACCCGAAAAGGGCUUCUCGACGGCAUGUUGUAUAUACUCCUAUCAAUUCAGAUCACUGAGGGAAGUUGAUCGACUCUGGAGCCUAGUAAAUACCCUGUAAACAGGCUUGCUCUUGUAUCGGGAGAGUUAUGUUGGUUUCUGUCUGUCGGAUCACAUGCUUAAUGGCAAUUCCAAGCGAAAGGAUUGUGGGAAAGAACAAGAAAUCUUGACUUUUUAAA